GCGGAAUUGUUGUUCACCAUCACUGACAAAUUUCAUGAGAUCGAGACUGGGACUUGAGAAUGCUGUAUUGAGAUAUGUAACGAUCGCCUCGACAUGGCUCUCAGUCUGUACCUUUUGACAUUCAACUGCGGCCGUGCUUUAGUCCAGUCUGAUGUCUUUGCUCCUUACUUAUUUGAUGCGUUAAAUCCAACUUCUCAAUCACCAGAGAUUGUGGUCUUGUCCUUACAAGAAAUAGCACCCAUCAGCUACUCGUUCCUCGGUGGUUCAUUCUUGACGCCGUACCUCAAUGCUUUUCACAAUGCUGUCAAAUUGGCGACCAAGGAUAAGGACCACAGCUAUGUCAAUGUCGUUACGAGGAAUUUGGGAAUGACGGCGUUGAUGGUGUUUGCUCGAGAUGAUAUCGCCGACAACUUUACCUGGCUUCAAACUGCCGGCGUUGGUCUCGGAGUGAGUGAAAUGGGCAACAAGGGUGCAGUCGGUGUCCGGCUAGGUUACAAGAUCUCUGAGCGGGAACAGAUGCAGUUGACAUUUGUCUCGGCUCAUUUGGCUCCGAUGGAAGACGGUCUCGAACAGCGCAAUGAAGACUAUAAGGGCAUUGUGCAACGACUGGUCUUUGUGCCAGACCAAAGUCGGAAAGGUGUAACUCAAGAUGAACAAAGUGAGGACGCACCGUUGUUGCAAGGGACAACUUCGCCACAAAACACCUCUGAGAGCGGCAUAUACUCUCCCGAAUCAUACCUCUUCUUCGCCGGUGACCUGAACUACCGUACCUCACUCCUACAACCUUCACCAUUGGACGUCCAGCAGCGAUUUCCUCAACCCACCCGAAAUGAGGACGAUCCGAAGCAUUUUCGCCAUUUACUUGCGGACGACCAGCUCACGCAGCAGAUCAAAGCAGGGAAAACACUGCACGGAUUGACUGAAGCUCCGAUCACCUUCCCACCUACAUACAAAUACGAGAACGAGGGAGACAAGGCUGUCACAUUGGACGGAGAAGGUGACUGGGCAUGGGCACCCCACCGGUGGCCCAGUUGGUGCGAUCGAAUAUUCUUCAAGAAUGGGAAUGAGGUCAAGGCGACCCCACGAAAAUACACAUGUCUACCUCUGUUUGCAACCUCGGAUCAUCGCCCGGUUGCGUUGGCUGUAACAGUGCCAUUGAAGGCACUGUCAGAUGUAGGGCAGGUGGACAGAGCACCUUUCGGAAUCGACACAUCAUGGAAGACUCGACGGACCAUGGCACGAAGGAAGGAAUUAGCAGUGGGGGUGCUGGCUUAUUUGACAUUGACCAGAGAAGGUAAUGGGUUACUGGCAGCAUCUGUCAUUGGUGCGAUUGGUGGAUGGUUAAUCCUCAGAUCGUUGUUGGUGUGAUGACUGUGGUGACCACUUGGCCAGACACAAACGGUAAAGCUGGAUAGGGAAGUUAUGGGGGCGUGUUUUUAGAGGAGGGAUUUCCGUGAGUCAGCAUCUUGAUUGUCCUGUCGAAUGAUUGCUGCUUGAACAAGAGAUAUAAUCUGUACACUUGGCGCCACUGAUGUUUUGGGUUCGGGAGAAUGAUUACACGAACAAUGUUUCCAAUGCUUCCAUGCAUGUUCUAGUGGGUAGAGAGGAGUCAGGAAGCAGCGUUGUAUCGGGAGAGCAAACGUGUCGAUGAUCGUUGGUGAUCAGGUACAAGUACAGUACUGGGUUAUCAUUAGACCGGAACGAUCAACAAGAGGUUGAUGGUCCACUUGCAAGUCUGGUGCCUGUACGCAAUAGAAAUUGUCGAAUGGGUGAAUCUUGGAACAAUUUAUGAUCUUUGUCAGCCUUGCAGCGCACGUAGUCUCACAGAAUGGGUAGUGCAGCCUCGAUAU